AUGUAUAUAUACAGGGUGUUCCGUACCUGUAUAUAAUAGCAUCCCAAGAUAGUCACUUUCGUUAAUGACAACUCCAACUUGUAAAACUUUGUUUUUAUUCUUCCUUGUUCCCCCUAGUUUCCUUCUCGCAAAUAUCUGCGAUGCGAAAAUAUCUUGUUGCGCUUUAUCUCAUCGAACCCUCGUUUCGACGAACUCGUCUCCCGUCCACCAUUCACAAUUCUCCCCCAUAGAACAAGAAGACUUUUCCAUCUCGUACCGCGACUGGGCAGCUUCAUGGAAGAAAACAUGCGGGGAACGCCUUGCAAACUCUUAUAAAAAGGUCUCAGACAUUGCCGAGAUUAUCUCUAAGCGUGAUCUCAAUUUGGUCAAACUUCACACACUUCAGGCUAUGGAAAAAUAUUCGUACGGUACUACUUCGUAUGAUAUUUGAUAACAUUCUGCUAUGGCUCAACUUAACACUUGCUCCGAUCUCGAAGAACCGCCUGUCGAGAUUCAUUUCUUCUCUUAUUCUCGUUCACCAGCAUCGUUGAUAAUCGUCCGAUUUCCUUCGACAGCAAAUGCCCUCAUAAGCGUGACUUGAAUUAUGAUUUCUGUGCUGGAAGCACGUCUUUUCUUUUUUCAAUAAACAGAACCCCAUAAUCUCAAGACAAGUGUCUUCACUUCUUUUUCUUCUUCAUCGGUUUUCGCAAGCACGCACCCCUCGCAGCAAAAUUUCUCAUACAAGAAUUUACAGUUCAAUGUAGUAGAAAGAGAGUGGAACAUAGAGCCGGCGAUUCGUGGAAGUCUCUUUCUUCCUCGAGGAGAGUUUUACUUUACAUGCAUUUUUAAAAUAGACAUACAAUGACAUCGCGGGAGGAAGUUGGUCGACAUGGGGAGGAAGUACGCGCUUACUUCACGGUCAGAAGAAACCGCUUUGUUGAAUCGCCGAGCAAUUACAGUUUUAACAUUGCAGUUCCCUGUAGUUGCAUUUUCGUCUAUACGCUGUACUAUCAGUAAUAUUUAAUAACGAAGGGUGAUUCGACCGGCCGAUGGUCGACGACACUGGUGUGAGUUCGACUCGACGUGAGUUCGUCGAUCCGGCGGAGAAAAGUACAGAUAGAGAGAAAAAGAGAAAAAGAGAGAUUUUAGUGCGAUCACUCGAUCGUCUCGUACGAAACGUUUUCGAAAAAAGAGGGAUGCGGACGAGCACGUUUAGUCGGAUAGUGAAAAUCGGGCUUCACUUUUACGGGGUUUGGCCAUAUUUACCGUCAACUGUGCUCUUCCGAUCGUACUGCAUUAUAGCAAUGACCACAGCUCAGGUCUUUCAGUACGGUUACGUAGUCAUGAACAAUGAUACAGAUAACUUCUCCGAGUUCAUGGACGGAGUGAGCAGCGCGAUGACCCAUUCCCUGUUCUUCAUCAAGCUCAUUAUCCUGUGGAUCAAUCAACGAAAGUUCAGCGAUAUAUUGCGAAUAAUGAUGAUGAACUGGCAGGAUCACACGUCGAACCACCAUAACCUGAGCAUCAUGACCAAAGCGACAUUAGUCGCGCGCCGCAUUUCGAGGAUAAUUUUUCAUACAAAUUUUUUCUCAGUGUUCUUCUAUAGUCUCGGGAUUUUCGCCGCUAACGCGGGUGAUCCUAAGAAAUGGGAGCCUUAUAAUCGGGAGCUUAUCCUCAAGAUGAAACUACCUUUCGAAAUUAGUACAUAUUCUAUCUAUGUGACUGUCACAGUGGUCCAGAUCGUCCAUCUGAUGUUCAUCGGCUGGGGCAUUGCUAUUGUUAACACGCUUCUUGUCACUCUGGUCCUCCAUAUCGGUGGUCAAAUCGACGUUCUUCGGGACUGGUUGACGAGAGCAUUCUCCAAGACCGAGUCCGAUGAGAUCACAUCACGAUUGUUAAUCAUGAAACAUCAGCAGAUCAUCCUAUUGUCGGAGAACAUCGAAAAUCUCUACACGUACAUUGCAUUCAUGAUACUACUUUCAGACACCCUGAUCAUCUGCUGCUUAGGAUUCGUCAUCGCCGCCUCGCUCGGUGAGCCCAACGCCGCGGCGAUCUUGGUGAAGUCCUUAAUGUUCUACGUCGCGAUGAAUCUGGAUGUGUUCGUAUAUUGCUUCGCCGGCGAGUAUCUGAGCGCCAAGAGCAAAAUGAUCGGAGACGCAGCGUAUGAUUCCUUUUGGUACAACGUUGCGGCGAAGGAUAGUCAGAUCGUAUUGUUCAUCGUUUUGAGAUCGCAGAAACGACUGACUAUCACCUGUGGGAAAGUUAUGGACCUAUCCUUGGAGCGUUUCACUAGCGUUGUGAAGGCAUCGGCGUCAUAUAUGUCAGUGCUUUUGGCGAUGUAUUGAAGAGCGAAGGGUACGAUGACUAUUAUCAUUAACAAGAUGAAAAUAUGUGAAGUUUUUUUUUCUAAAUGACAGCCUUUUCUAUUCCAUUCGUUCUUCGCGAGCAGAAACUCGCGCUUUUUCUUCUUUCGCAAAAAAAGUAACUUAUAAUUGUUAAUUCGGAGCUGGAACACGAAAAUUACGCAAGGAAAACUUCUCAUCUCGUUAGACAUUUAUUUCUGCUACUUAGGACAAUAUUGUCAACGCACACAAUGCAACGAUCAACCUGCGUUCACACAAUUUUUUCCACAACUUUCGAUUUGCACGUCCAUGAUGAAGAGGGAUCUCUUGCGGUUUUCUGAGGGGAGAACUUUUACAAUUUCGCUUUCCCUUGACGCCUGACGUGCACGCGCACUUUUAGUUACAUCGUAAUUAGUGCUCGACACUAUGUAAUUACGUAAGCUCGCUCAUUUGCUUCAAAAAGAAAGAAAUAAAUGCAGACUUAAAGGGAUAUAAACGUCUUUCAUGUUGAUAUGGGAAAUUCCGAGACUUCCGAUCUUUUUCACGAAGAGGAGUUGAGCUCGAGGGUCGAAGUGAAUUUUUCUUUUCCUGGAAAAAUUUUUUGUAUCGUAAUCAUGAUCGCGCUCAUAACUUUUCACGAUUGUUCGUGACCAGCGCGAACUAUAAUCUCAGCAUAUAGUCCGUCUUUUCAACAACGUUCGCACAAACUUGCGCGGUGCGUUUUCUCGUUU